CUUGUCGCGGUCAGUCUUGAGCACGGCUCUGCAGCGCGUAGAUAAUGGUAGAUGAAAAUUAGCCAGAUGACGAUCCUCAAAUGGCGAGAAUGCCGUUUGAAGGAGGGAAUCCAAAGGGAGGACUACGACUGAAAAGAUGGCUAAUAGGGCUACUUAUCUUUUUAUUAGUAUCUUUGUUGGCGAUUAACAGCUUCACAAUUGGCCAAUUUCGGAUAAUCCCAUUCAGCAGCACUGCUAAUCAAGUAAAUGACAUCGAAACUAAAUCCCAAGAAUCGACGACGACUCCACCGGCUCAAAGUGGUUAUGUGGUGAAUAAUAAGGGCUGCCACAUACCCGACUUAAGCCCUUUUGAGCCACUCGUAAUGCGUUACAUUGAUAAAGCAAAGCCCAUAGUUUGCGAACACGGGGUUCAUUUGCCGCUAGUCAGCUCGAACAACAGUGCCAUUUUCAUCAAUUCGGAGGCCCGAAAUCAUUAUUACAACGAAUCGGAGAGCAUCGAUUGUUGUUGGCGUAAUUUUUGGCGAUCCGACCACAAAGACAAUGAAAUAACUAUCAGCAAAGACUGUCACUUUUUCAAAGAGGCCACCUUCGUCAACGAGGAGUUCAUCAGGGUGGAAUGCCAACGCAAAAACGAGAGCAUCUAUCGUGAUUAUUUUGCCUUUGUGCCUCGGAAGCUAUACGUGGAGGAGCAUUGUCGGGAGCGACUUCGGACUCUGCGCUCUAACUCGGUGCUACCAACCCCUUCGCCGGAGAGACUGAGCGUCCUCGUGGUGGGCAUGGACUCGGUCUCGCGGCUCAACUUUCAUCGUUCGAUGCCACGUACACUACGUCUACUCCGCGACAUGGGUGCGGUCGAGAUGCUCGGCUAUAAUAAGGUCGCCGACAACACGUACCCCAAUCUAGUGCCGGUCCUUAGCGGCCUAUCGCAAAUCGAAUUCGAAAAGCUCUGCUGGACAAGCCACAAGAAGCCCUUUGACAGAUGCCCGCUGCUCUGGAAGAAUUUCAAAGCCAAAGGAUACCGAACGAUAUUCGCCGAGGACGCCUGCUACAUGACCAUCUUCAAUUAUCUGAAACCGGGUUUUAGGAAGCAGCCGACGGACUAUUAUCUAAGGCCUUACUGCGUCGCGGCGGAGUCGGAGAUCGGCAACACACACAAGCUUAACGCCAAUCUGUGCCUGGGGACGAGGCUGAACUUCGACUGUUUGUUGCAUUACACACGGAAGGUGGCCGAAGAGUUCGCCGAUGAUCCGUACUUUGGAUUAUUUUGGCAGGCCAGCCUCACGCACGACUACAUCGAGUAUCCGCAGCUGGGCGACGACUCUUAUCACGACUUCUUCGAAUACUUACUUCAGAACGACCUGUUGCGCAACACGAUGCUCGUAUUCAUGAGCGACCACGGCAUGAGGUGGGGCUCGUUCAGGCAAACCUAUCAAGGUCACUUGGAGGACAGUCUCCCUUUCGUGUUUCUAUUGCUACCCUAUUGGUGGAGGACGAGGCACGCGAUUGCUUGGAACGAGCUGAAAAGGAACACGAGGAGCUUAACGACUCCUUUCGAUCUUCACGAGACUCUGCGAGAUAUUCUUGAACCAAGUCGCCUUGCAAUUCAGAGCCUUCAUUUGCAGGGCCAUACGAGGAAGGAUCCCAAAGCCAAGAUCCCGCGUGGUAUCAGCAUGUUUAGGCCGAUCCCGGAGCAUCGCACCUGCACAAUGGCCGGCAUCCCCGAGCACUGGUGUAUGUGCCACGAACGACACAACAUCUCCCACGACGAUCCGAUCGUGACCAAGGUCGUCGGCUACCUCAUCACGGAGCUCAAUGGGAUGCUCGCCCUUUAUCCCCAGUGUGCCCAGCUCCAUGUUUUCGCCCUCAUCGACGCCAAGGUACUUAGCAACAAUGCCGUGGAGAAGGAGAACGAGGCUAAAGAGACGAAGAAAGCGCCCUGGACGGAUUACACGGUGAUAAUCGAGACGACGCCCGGGAACGCGGUGUUCGAGGGCUCGAUGAGGCAUCGCGCCGAUAAUGGCAGCAUCGGCCUCGUCGGUCCAGUAAGUCGCCUCAACGCCUACGGGAGACAGAGCGCCUGCGUCGACGACUUCCACAUGCGCCUCUAUUGCUUCUGCCAUUAGCCCGAGGGACCACGGUAUUACGGGCCUUAGGUCGCCAUCGAGUGCCCUCUACGCCUUCCUAUCGUCCUUCGUCACUGCCUUCCGUGUCGAUCAACUCCUCGCGACCUC